AUGGGUGCUGCUCAAUGGAAGAAACUAUGGGAUGACGUGAAGGACGCCUUAACAGAGUAUGACCGUAAAGUCACACAAACGCUUCUUGCCGAAGCUAAAGCAGAACGCAAAGCUCUAAUGGAUCGGCUUGACACACUUAGUGCUCAGCUAGCCGAUGCUACUGGAAACAACGCAGAGUCAUUGAAAGCGUUUCAAGCGCGGAUCGCUAGAGAGCAGCGUACUAAGAUCAUUACCAUCAUCGACAACCAACUAACUAAUGCCUUGGAUCAGUAUGAUGGUAUCAGCUUGCGCUACGACCCGCUUGCCGUUCAGCGUCAGUUUGAUAGCGAGGAUGUGCGCUCGUAG